GCAACUGGAACUUUGGUAACCAUUGAAUAUAGUAUAGUUAAGUAAGGUCCAAACGAUUCUCUAGACGAAUAGCAUAACUUCUUAAAAACGCGGGUAUAUUAGGCCUAUCAUACAUAACGGUAUCAAGCAAAUUAUAAAUUGAGCGUUUUAGCGACAGAUGUACAAACAUUGCUUGCGCAUCCUGUUGGACUUUGCUAUGGAUGUUUGACACACACUUCAAUUCGCACAAACGUUUUUGAUUGUCCAACUGCKUCUUCUUUUAAUAACAAAACAAUGAGGAUCCUCUUCAGAAUCCAACGCCGCUGUAGAUGGUCCCUUGUCAUUGGGACUGCGUUGUUGAUUGGCGUCCUCAGACUAUUGCGCAUGAACCACACAGACAGGCACUGGAACACUUCUCCCUCUGGCCCGCCACCACAGUCACAGUCCACUGUGGAUGUUUUCAAGUGCUCCCUGAAUGACACCGUGAACAACAUUUCAUCCUCUAUCCCACCUACCCACCGUAACUUCCUCAUGUACAAACACUGCAGGACAUUCUCCCGCCUGCUGUCUCCUAUACCCUGUCAGAAAGACCUCUUUCUCCUGCUGGCAGUUAAGUCCACAGCCAUCCAGGUUGAUCGCAGGUCUGCACUUCGGAACACAUGGGGGAAGAAGGGAUAUGUUCAGGGUAAAAAGGUGAAACUAUUGUUCCUAGUAGGUAAGUCUUCAGACACAAUACAGGGUUACCCGCUGCAGCAGGUACUGGAGUGGGAGAGCAGAGAGUUUGGGGACAUCCUGCAGUGGGAUUUUGACGACAGUUUUUUCAACCUGACCCUAAAGGAGGUCCACUUCCUCAAAUGGUUCAGCCUGGAGUGCCGCUGGGCACACUAUGUGUUCAAAGGGGACGAUGAUGUUUUUGUUCACACCAGCAAUCUGGUGGAAUAUGUUAAGGACAACAAGCCCUCUGAGCAACUGUAUGCUGGGAACAUCAUGUCUGGCUAUCCAGUCCGGGACAAACAAAGUAAAUAUUUCAUACCAGUGGAGAUGUACCCCGACAAGCCGUAUCCUCUAUACGCCGGGGGUGGGGGCUACCUGAUGUCAAAUCAGACUGUGCUGAGUCUGGAAGUGGCAGCGUCCAGCAUUGACCUGUUCCCCAUUGAUGAUGUCUUUGUGGGCUUGUGCCUACAGAAGAUGAACAUCACGCUGACGCACCACUCUGGCUUUAAGACCUUUGGGCUCGAACAGGGGGUGACACACUUCAACCCCUGCAUUUACAGGGAGCUCAUGGUGGUGCACAAACUGAAUCCCACAGAGAUGUGGACAAUGUGGUCUCUACAGCGGGACCCAAAGCUGCAAUGCUUUACAUCAAGGACGUGAGACACCAGGCAUUGUGUGUGUAUAUCAUGCUGUGCUUAUCUGUCUCGCUACUGUAAAUUGAGAAUUCCUUUCAUAGAUAAAUUAUCCUUAUGAAUGGUCUAAAAUAGCAUACUUUCCUUUACCCAUACUUAUAUUUGAAUUUGAAAGUAUUCUGACAUUUGGCUUCCCUUAUCCUGUAAGUUCAGAUCAGCACAGACAGUGUAAGAUCCAUUUAAGAAUACUGAGAUGCAUAUAGUGCCAUUUGAUACUUCUGAUGAGGACUUUGUAGAAUGUUUCUAGGAUUAUGUAAGGUUGGAAAGGAGAUAGAAACUUUAAAAACUGGUAUAGUGGGUUACAGAGGUAUUGAUGGGAAACAUUAAAGCAGGACUGAACUCGAGAACAAAUACAGGUUUGGCCAGAGUCUGUGGCUUCAGCAUCAUGAGAUGGUGCCUGGAGURCAGGCCAGCAGUGGAGAAUAACGUCUAUCUAUGCACUUUUAGAGCCACUGGGAUGCUAAACACCCUUUGGGAAUAGCCACGGGAAAUAGAGGUGCUGAGGGUACUGCAGCGCCCCCUGAAAAAACAAAUACAGGAGUAGUAAAGGCCCAGCGCACUACUUUGUGAAAAAAAUAACAAUACAGAAAAUAUUUUUUUGUCAUUUUUUUUCACAAAAGUAGUUCACUGGACCUUUACUACUCCUAUAUUAGGACUGCUGCGCAGGGAUACUUUUUUUCUUCUCUCCAAGCAGGACCUCUCAACAUCUUCCCGCAGCUAUGCCUUCAGGACACUGGCCAGGCUGGGCAGGGGUGCAGAGUUGUUUUUUUGUUUUUUUCUAUUGGCAGGCCCAAAGGUUUUUAGGCAAAAUAACCAUAUCAAAACGGAAAACUCCGUGAAAGAGGUAAUAUGUCAGGCCUAUUGGGCCAAAAUCAAUGAUAGCCUAUUGUAUAGAUAAAAGAACAAAAAUGAACAAAAUAUUUAAGAGUUCUGAUUUGUUGCUUAUAAUUACUUUGCUACAAUGACACACUUAGCUAGCUACCCACCUAAUUUAUUUGCUAGCAUGUGCACAUACUGUAAUUUGAAAUGUGUUUAAAAGGUUCAUUUCACAUGAGCUCCUGCACAUGUUUUGAAACACAUAAUAAUACCAACAAAAGAAAUCCAGAAAUGCCUUAUUUUUUAAUUUAUGUAUUUUCUAUUUUUGUUACAGAUAUUUGACAUUCAAAAAGUUAUGUACAGAAACUCAUAAGCAUCAUACCCUCUGUUUCCAAUAUUUUAUAUGGUCAUUUAAUGAUGCAAACGUUGAAAGGCAAAAAAAAAAAGAACGCUAGCAAGCAGAGCAUGUAAGACAGAGCACAAGCAGCCCAUGCCACGAUGAUGAAGGGACAAUUGAUGCAAGAAAGCAUCCAUGCUUAAAUGUAGAACUGUGUACAUGGGGUUCCGGUACAGAGUCAAUGUGCGGGGGGCACCGGUUAGUUGAGGUAAUAUGUACAUGUAGGUAGAGGUAA